AUGGGCGGGACUGAGGCUCACGAUAUCGGCUGCCUCACCGCUGCCCACCGCACCUGGGAGAUUGGCCAGGAAAAGGGGCAGAGAAGAAAGGAGUCAUGUGCCAUCUGCAAUAUGACGGACAGUGUCUCAUCUCGGAGCUCAGCGCCACACCAGAUGCAUAAUAUCGGUACUUCGGAGAGACUUGUGCGCCCACGCAGCAUAGCCUGGUAG